AGUGAUCCAGGGCCACCGGAGCAGGCAGAGGGAGCUGAAGGCUCAUACUUGCCCGCAAUCGCCGCCAUGGCAGCGCAGAUCAUGCAGCCUCGGCCCCGCCCCCGCGGGAUCACAUGUCCCAGCAGCUCCAACCGCCGCGGGCUGCUCCGGCCGCCUCGUGCCUCCGCCGCCACCAACGGCUCCGUGCGUCUGACGGUGUCGGACGCGGAGCUGGCGUCCCGCGGGUUCGCGGUGCAGCGCACGGCGGAGGGCCUCGACGUCGCCGCGCUGAACGAGGUGUUCGCGCGCGUGGGGUUCCCGCGGCGCCAGGAGGAGCGGCUCCGCCGCGCGCUGGCGCACAGCCGCGUGGUGUGGCUGUCGGAGGCCGGCCGGCCCGUGGCGUUCGCGCGCGCGGCCGGCGACGGCGUGUUCAACGCGGUGGUGUGGGACGUGGUGGUGGAGCCGUCGUGCCAGGGGCUGGGGCUGGGGCGCGCCGUGAUGGAGCGGCUGGUGGAGGAGCUGCGGCGCGACGGCGUGGGCAACAUCGUGCUCUACGCGGAGCCGCGGGUGGUGGGGUUCUACCGACUCCUCGACUUCGCCAUGGACCCCGACGGCAUCAGGGGGAUGGCAUACUACAGAAAGGCAUCCUCACCCUCAUCAUCGGCGGCGGCCGCUCCUUCAUCGCUCUGAAUGAAUGAGUUGAGGUCUGCUUGUUGCUCAUCAUCAACCAUGCAUGUACCAACCAGUGGUAUCCAGCAGUAGCCAGUAGUAUUAAUCUGUUUUGUUUCUUGGAUUCAGUUCAUGUUCAAGCAGAAGCAGACAUGACAUAUCUCAUACAUUAUACUCAAUUUCUCCUGAUGACGAUGAUAAAAUUGAUGAUA